AACGCGCACGUCGCGUUUUUGUAUGACAGCGUGAACGCGCUUUCCUCUUGACCCGCCCCGCCGGUUUCCGUUCUUAGCUGCUGCCGGAGUUUGGGCCCGUAGAAGGAUAAGGAAGGAGCGCCGGGGAGACGCAGGGGAAUCUCUUCAGUGUCAGAUGGCUUAGCCGCCGCCUUUCCCCUUUGGGUGGAGUUCAGGAGUUGCCUGUUUAAGGGGGAAGAGAGUGAAAUGGGUCUCCAGCUAUGGCAGCCAUUCGGAAAAAGCUGGUUAUAGUGGGUGAUGGCGCUUGUGGCAAAACCUGUCUGCUCAUUGUAUUUAGUAAAGACCAGUUCCCUGAAGUUUAUGUUCCCACAGUAUUCGAAAAUUAUGUAGCAGAUAUUGAAGUUGAUGGAAAACAGGUGGAGCUGGCCUUAUGGGAUACAGCAGGACAAGAAGACUAUGAUCGACUUAGGCCUCUUUCAUACCCUGACACCGAUGUUAUACUUAUGUGUUUUUCAAUCGAUAGUCCUGAUAGUUUAGAAAACAUUCCAGAGAAGUGGACUCCAGAAGUGAAACACUUCUGCCCCAAUGUACCCAUCAUCCUGGUAGGAAAUAAGAAGGACUUGAGGAAUGAUGAACACACAAGGCGGGAGCUGGCCAAGAUGAAGCAGGAACCAGUGAAACCUGAAGAGGGCAGGGAUAUGGCAAACCGCAUUGGUGCUUUUGGAUACAUGGAGUGCAGUGCAAAGACCAAAGACGGUGUGAGGGAAGUUUUUGAAAUGGCCACUAGAGCUGCUUUACAAGCCCGACGUGGCAAGAAAAAAUCUGGGUGCCUUCUCUUGUAAAGCAUGGCCAGGGGAAGAUGGCUGAAGCAGCGCCCUGCACUUGAUGAAUUUUUGAAGUGCUGUUUAUUAAUCUUAGUGUAUGAUUACCAGCCUUUUUCAUUUAUCUAUAAUUUACUUAAGAGAUUUAAAAUCGAGUCUUGCUACCAGUAUUUAGAAGCCAACCAUGAUUUUUUUUAUAACGGUCUGCAUCAAAUACAUCUGUGCACACAAGGGUUAACUUCAACAUUCCUUUAACAAAACUUUCUCUGCACUUGCAGGAUAUGCCAGGCGCUAAUUCAAGACAAUUCUCUAACUUCUUGCUUUUUUAGAAAUGGCGGCGGGGGGGGGGGCUGGUAACACUGAGAAUUGGGCUGUAACUACUUCAUAACUAACAUGUUCUAGCCUAUUCAGGUACAACAGACAUGGCUGUGGAUGAGUCCCGAAUAACUUCAGUGUUUUCACAUUUGAUUUUUUUCUCCGAUUCUAUACUCAAAUACUCUGAAGUGUAAGAUGGUUAGAAAAUGUGAUUACCCUGAAAUGAUCAGUCCCAUCCAGCUAUGAAAAGUGACAGUUCUGUGGUUUCAUGUUAGUUACCUUAUAGUUACUGUGUAAUUAGUGCCACUUAAAUGUAUGUUACCAAAAAUAAAUCUAUAUACCCCAGCCUAGAUGUAGUAUUUUUUGUAUAAUUGGAUUUCCUAAUACUGUUGCUUGUAACUUCUGUGUAAGGUGUUCUGGGUUUUUUAAAAGUGUACUUACGAAUAAAGUCAAAUGGAGAAUGAUGCCCUUUCCCCAUUUGUAAUUGUCCAACCCAUUUGUAUGACUUAAACAUGCCCAGAAAGCUCAUCUUAAUACCUCCUUCAGGAGCAAGGGAAAAGCAGUUGUUUUACACUCAAGGUAACUGAAUGUUUCAGAAGCUUUAAGUUAAUCCCUGCUGGAUCCGGCUCCAAGCUGAAAAUGCAGGUUCUUGUUUAUCUGCUGGCCAAAUUCCCAUCCUGUGAACAUCUUGCUGUUCUGCAGCAAACUAAACUCUCUUCUGUAUUUCCUGUUUCCAACAACUAAUAGAAUAAAGGCAGUUUUCUAA